AUGGCGGCCUCCAUACUGCGGCGCUCGCUUCUAACUCCGCGCUGCAGAGCUGGGGAUGUCGCCGCCCUGCACAGUGGACCGAGCCGGAGAAGGGCGCAGGCCCCAGGGCCCAUCGCUUCUGGCCGGAGAGCGGCGAAUAGUCCUGCGGGAGAGCGCGGUGUUGCUCCAUGGGUAGCAGUGGUGGGUCUGGAAAUUCAUGCACAGAUCAGUUCCAACUCAAAGCUUUUCUCUGGCUCCCAAGUCCAGUUUGCAGCACCACCUAAUUCUUUGGUAUCUUUCUUUGAUGCUUCUCUACCAGGGACCUUACCAGCUCUCAACAGGAGAUGUGUAGAAGCAGCAGUGAUGACAGGCCUCGCACUGAACUGCAGCAUAAACAAGAAGUCCUUGUUUGACAGAAAACACUAUUUCUAUGCAGAUCUGCCUGCUGGCUAUCAAAUCACUCAGCAGAGACUUCCCGUUGCUGUGAAUGGGAGUCUUUCAUACAGCCUCUGUGUAGGGAGAAAAAAGAACCAGAUGGUAACCAGGACUGUGAGGAUCAAGCAGAUCCAGUUGGAACAAGACAGCGGAAAGAGUCUUCAUGAUGACAUAAGGAGCCAGACUCUCAUUGACUUGAACAGGGCUGGUGUUGGCCUCAUGGAGGUUGUCAUGGAGCCUGAGAUGAGCUCUGGGGAAGAGGCAGCUGCAGCAGUCAGAGAGCUUCAGCUUAUUCUUCAAACACUUGGGAGCAGCCAGGCAAUCAUGGCAGAGGGUCAACUGAGAGUGGAUGCCAAUGUAUCUGUGCAUCACCCCGGAGAAGCUUACGGAGUAAGGACUGAAGUGAAGAAUAUCAAUAGUGCACGAUUCCUGGCAAGAGCGAUAGACUAUGAAAUACAGAGGCAAAUCAAGGAACUUGAAAAUGGAGGAACUGUUAUGAAUGAAACCAGAGCCUUUGAUUUCAAACUUGGGUGUACCAUACCAAUGAGAGAUAAAGAAGGAAAACAGGAUUAUCGGUUCAUGCCAGAGCCAAACCUCCCUCCAUUGAUUCUGUACGAUACUAAAUCAUUGCCCGCUAAUACGAACCAUCAGCAAGUGGUGAAUAUUGAUUGGAUUCGGGAGAGGCUUCCUGAUCUCCCCAGUGUGAGGAGAGUGAAGCUUGUUGAACAGUAUGGGAUUCUGCCUGAACACAGUUUCACCUUACUGAAUGAAGACGGAUUAAUGGAGUUCUUUGAAAGUGUAGUGAGACAGACACAGAUGAAUCCAAAGAAAGUGAUUGGCUGGAUUCUAAAUGAUAUGCUUGGUUAUUUAAAACAACACAACCUUAAAGUCAAGGAAAGUCCAGUCAGUUCUCUCUUCCUGGCUGACCUUCUAAACCUUCUAGAGAGAGGAACAAUUUCUUCUUCAGCAGCCAAACAAGUGCUUGAGGAAUUGUGGAAGGGGGAGGGGAAGACCCCACUUCAAAUUGUUAAAGAAAAGAAACUUGAACUGAUCCAGGAUCAGCAAGAGCUUGAACAGAUCUGUCAGGCAGUGAUGGAAGGACAUCAGGAAGAGGUUAUGGAGAUAAAGAAGGGAAACCAAAAAGUUCUGAAUAAACUGAUUGGACUGGUUCAAAGAACAACAAGAGGGCGAGUAGAUCCUGUGCUGGUGAAACAAAUAUUAGAGAAGAGGCUGUCACAGUAACUUUCAGAGCAACUUGCACAGGUCCCUACAGAGGGAAUGACUGGACAUUCCCUGGACUUUGUACAGUUCAAUUCCAGCCUGAGCUAGAAAAAGAUACUGUGUAGUCUCAGCAUGGAACAGAAUUAUUAUUCCCUUUUGGUGGUUAUUCAGGUAGUAUCUUAUUAUACAGUCUUCCUUGAAUGCUUCACCCUCUGUCAGGACAAAAGAAAAGAUAUUCAGUGCAAAUGAAUAGAAGAAACUAGUAUUGAGUGCUGUUCAUUUUUCCUGUAGCUGGUUUUGCACACAUGAGAAAGGUAAGUGAUUCAAUACGUUACUGUUUGUCUGAAUACUCUAGAACUUGUAUCAGAUGUAUGUUGUGAUACAGUAUUGCCAGGUAGCAAUGUUUUUCUGAAGGAAUAGAAAUUUACGCAUUUUA